UCAAGUUCUGGCAAUACUAAAACAGGUGACGCAUUUAUCAAUUUGUUUUAUGUCAAAGUACAGACAAAGAGAGUGGAUAUUUUAUAAUUUCCAAGACGUAUUAUUAAAUUUUUGUGCAGAAUGUCGUCUAAGAAAAAGGUUCUUUUGAAAGUGAUCAUCCUCGGUGAUAGUGGGGUUGGAAAGACAUCACUGAUGAAUCAGUUUGUCAACAAGAAAUUUUCCAAUCAGUACAAGGCAACAAUAGGCGCAGAUUUUCUCACGAAAGAGGUAAUUGUAGACGACAGAAUCGUUACAAUGCAGAUUUGGGAUACUGCUGGCCAGGAGCGUUUCCAGUCUCUGGGUGUAGCGUUUUACCGCGGGGCGGAUUGUUGCGUCUUAGUUUUUGACGUAACUGCCCCCAACACAUUCAAGUCCUUGGAGAGUUGGAAAGACGAAUUCUUGAUACAGGCUUCUCCGCGAGAUCCAGAAAACUUUCCGUUUGUUAUAUUAGGAAAUAAAGUCGAUUUAGAAAAUCGUGCUGUAUCUGCUAAGCGUGCCCAGCAGUGGUGUCAGAGCAAAAAUGAUAUUCCAUACUUUGAAACCAGUGCCAAAGAAGCUGUGAAUGUAGAACUAGCGUUUCAAACCAUAGCUCGCAAUGUUCUUGCUCAGGAAACAGAUGCAGAGUUGUACAAUGAGUUCCCAGAUCGUGUGCAGUUAUCAGCUAAUGACAAUUCACGCAAUAGGGAUGGAGACAACUGUGCUUGCUAGGUUUCACUGCAAAUGCUUUAACACUGGCGACAUAUAGUUUCUCAUUUUUAUAUAAAUUUAAUUAAAAUAAACAUUUUGUGAAAGUAAUGUUUCCUUUUUCUAUCAUAUCUUGUAAAAAUGUAUAAAUCGAUAGACACAAUUGGGUGAUUUGUUUGCUAUGCUCAUAUUAGAAGAUGUUAAAAUUAAUAAUAUUUGGUGUGAUAAAUAAAAACAUUAACUUGUCUUUGUCUAAAGUACAAUGUUCAUAUUUGGUUAAAAAAUUUAAUGUGGGUAAAAAUUGUCUUUUUAAUAAUAUAUAUUUGUUCCAUAUAAAAUAAAAUGGCUAGAAUUUAUUACAUGGUAUAAUAAAUUUUCUGCUGAAUUGAGAAAAUCUAUCUGAAUAAUAAGUUUUAUUUGUCUAUGAUAUACAGGAUAUGCAUAAGUCACAAACAUUAUCUGCAUUAUAUUUUUCAAUGAUGUAUCAAACUCAGUGUGAUCAGUGAACAGUUUCUCAAUAAAACAUGUUAAAUUUUAUAAUUUUACAUGUUUGUCUGUUAGUUAUUUUAGAAAAAUUCUAUUAUUACAUCAUAAAUCUCUAUUAUUUAUUAUCUGAAAUGUGAUAUGUUUCCUAAUGUUAACUGAGAGCAGACAGCUCCAGCAAUGCUAAGGAAAUUAUGAACUUUAUUAUUGCAAAUUUGUGAUAGGUAAAACUCCAUCUGUACAUUACUUUUUAAUGAGUGCUGUAUUGUUGGUUAACCAUUGGGCUAUUAUUUCUGAUUUUAAAAACCACAACCACAGAAUAUAUUACAAAAUAAAGUGUUAAAAUAUGCAACCUGUAUACCUUUAGUGCUCGUUUUUCUAAAGUUCAUUAAAAAAGUGAAUGCAUUCUAUCAUACAGUGAAAUCUUCCUACAUACAAAGAAAAUAAUAUUGUUCAAAUUGAAGUACUAUAAAAUUGUGGUAUAACUGUUUUCAUGAUAUAAACAUACAAUCAUAAAUAUGGAUAUAAUGGUUACAGCACCACUUUAUUAAUUGCCUAUGAUAUCAUUACAUACUUUGUCAACAUGAAUUUGCCUGAUCAUUAAAUAAUGAGUUUCUGUAUAUAUUUGAAUUUUAAACUGAUAGUUUUAAGUAGUUAAUAGUAAACUAUAUAGUUACAUUGGUUGCUGGCACAUAACAUUAAAAUUAUUUUUUAUCAACAACAUGUCAUGGCAAAAAUCCCUCAAAUAAUCGAUUGUUAUAUUUGGCAUAUGUUUUUAUGGGUGUUAAAAUAUCUGUAAAAUAAAUUCAUAUAUAAAUCUACUUAGGAAAAGAAGAUUAAAAUUACAUGUUACGAAAAUGUUAAACCUGCGAUGUUGUUGGUGAGCCUUGACAAAUAUGAGAAUUGAAAAUAAGAUCUUUGAUAAAAAAGCAGGAAGCGAUAAAAUAUAAAUACUUAUUAAAUGUCAUUUGACUUAGCUUUAAAUGACGCCUAAACGAAAAGCCUCGAAGCACUUGGGAUAUUAUUAACUGCAUUUUAUUGACACAUCCCAAACACAAUUGUAAAAAACUAUAUUGUAUUGCAAUGUUUAUUUUAUGCCGUCAAUGCAGUCCUUUUUAGUUUAGAGUAAUCUUAAAGUGUUUGUUUCUUCACAUUUAUGUUCUAUUUACAUUGCAUGAUUAUUAUUAUACAUAUUAUGUUUACAUAUAAAAUUAUAUGUUGUAAGAUCUAGAAUAAAAGUAACAAAAUACGAUGUAUGCUGUAAUAAUGGUUGCUUUUAAUUUUAUAUUAAUAAAAAAUAAAA